AUUCUUAAAAUAUUCUGACUGCUAGCAACUUCGAUCAACAAUAGUGUUGAUCGAAGGCUAGCAAUUGAGCUCCCCACCCACCUAACAUUAAGCGCUUACUAAAGUCCCUAAAGAUGAAAAUAUGUUGAUUAACUGUAUUGCAUCCGCCGUCCACAUCACGUUUACGUUCAAUGCAGAAUGGCGUUUUGGACGAAGCACCAUGAUUAUUCCUAUGUUUUUUAUAUUUUCCCUUCUCAUUAGGACAGAGUCGUACAUCCUAAUAACAGCUAAUGUAGACGACGUGCAAGCUUUGGCUAAGCAGAUCGUAGCUUCUCCUGUGGCUGGACAGUUGAGUAAGAUGGUGCGCAGAGCAGCCAGUAUCUUCAAUAGGGAGUUCGGAAGGUACCCUAAUUAUCAUCCUGGAUACGAUAUUCAAGAUGCUAAACGACGCUCUUCAAAACUGAUUGUUGAGGACAUUCCCCGUGAUCCCGUUCAGGGCAGCAAGAACAACAGUACAUAUGAGGCCGAAAAACUGGGUCAUGACAACGAACCAGUUACACGACUUAGAGACGAUACAACGGAACAUUCCAAUAGAUAAAUUUCAAAAACAUA